AUGCCAGCCCAACAGAAGAAAGUGAUAUUUUGCAUAGCUGGGGUGUUAAGCUUUGCUUGUGCUCUAGGCAUUGCAGCAGCCAUCGGAACUCAGUUAUGGAUCAAAGGAACAAUACUGUGCAAAACUGGAGCUCUGCUUGUCAACGCUACAGGACCAGAACUGGAGAAGUUUAUUGGUGAAAUUCAGUAUGGGCUUUUCUAUGGGGAGCGUGUUAGACAAUGUGGGCUAGGAGGGAGACCUUUUCGAUUUUCAUUUUUUCCAGAUUUGCUCAAAAUUAUCCCUGCAAGUAUCCAUGUAAGUGUCAUUCUCUUCUGUACAGUACUGAUAGUCUUUGCUCUGGUGGGAACAGGUUUCUUCAUGUACAAUGCAUUUGGCAAUCCUUAUGAAACUCUGCAUGGUCCAGUAGGGUUAUAUCUUUGGAGCUUCAUUUCAUGUUCUUGCAGUUGUCUCAUCAUGAUACUAUUUUCUUCAGAAGUGAAAAUUCACCACCUCUCUGAGAAAAUUGCAAAUUACAAAGAGGGAAGUUUCAUCUUUAAAACUCACAAUGAACAAUUUCAGGAUUCAUUCUGGAUCAUCCUGGUUUGCUCCUUGGUGCACUUCCUGAAUGUUUUGCUAAUACGGCUUGCUGGAUUUGAAUUUCCUUUUUCAAAAUCUAAAGAGUCAGAGACAACAACUAUUGGAGCAGUUGAUCUCAUGUACUAGCCUGAUGUCAAUUUUUAAUAACAUUUCAAGCAAAAAAGGUUAAUCUCAGAUACUUUCAACAAUGACCAAAUCUAUCUGGUUUUACAUGAUUAAUUUGAAAGACAUUAAAAUCAAGAAGAAAUCUAAAAUAAAUGUCAACACAGUAAAUACAAUAAAGGCAUAGUAUGCAUGGUCCUCAUUAGGACUAGAUCAAGAUAUCCUUACUCCCAUCAUGUAGUACCUUGUCAUGACAGCAGUCCCAUUUGUUUCAAUGGGAUUAUGAAAGAAAUAAGAUAUAACAGUGAUCUUGGCCCUAUGUACUUUAAUAAAGGAGGAAAGCAAACAUUUCCAUUAGCAGUACAGCAUUUGCUUAUAUCUGUAAAGGUAGUGGUAUAUUGGAAUGACUGCUACUAAUGUUUUAUGUAGUAAGACUGGACUAAGAAUUCCACUCCGGCCAACAAAUGAAAAGUGGUGAGUGCACCAGAAAGCUGUAAACACAAAAUGAAAGAAAACAGAAUGUAUUGUUGCAGCUUAAGUAACAAAUUUAGGGCCCAUACCUGCAAAACAAGGUGAUGAAUUCUCUCACUCAAGUACAAUGACCACGAGUAAUGUUCAAAACCAUGCUGGGGGGCAGGGGCGGUUAUUCCAAACAGGAGGGGGGAGAGGAGGAGAAAUCUACAGAAUAUGUAACCAAACUAGCAGGCUGCAUACCCAAUUGCUUGCAGUGCCUUGAUAGUUACAAAUGCUCCAUAUUUGAGGGUCUGGGAGUUGGGUA